AAACAGACUAGAGCUGCGACCUCGAUCAUACAUCCCUCGAUCUUCUCAACAUUCCAACCCUUCUCGGGUCAUCUUCUCAACUACUAGUCCCUCGAUUGGCAUUCAUCCAUGGCGGCAGCUACCAGAGCUCUCCUUGUUGCCGCAGUGACCGCGGCGGCGCUGUUCGGCACGGCGCUCGGCGCCACCUACACAGUCGGCGCACCGGCCGGGUCAUGGGACCUCCGGACAAACUACACCCGAUGGACUUCCACCAUCAGGUUCUACACCGGCGACGAGCUCCGGUUCCAGUACCCCGCUGCGGCGCACAACGUGGUGGAGGUGACCAAGACGGCCUACGACAACUGCAGCAGCUCUAGUCCCGUCGCCACGUUCCCGAGCGGCAACGAUGUCAUUCCGCUCGCCGCCGUCGGGACCCGGUACUUCAUCUGCGGCCUGCCGGGGCACUGCGCCGGUGGCAUGAAGGUACAGGUCAACGUCCAGUCCAAGGUAGUGAGAUGCCGAAGGAGAGGGACGAGGCAGCGGUGCACACAGACAACGCCACAGCCGAGCUCGGCGGCUCAGGCUGGUGCUGAGCCUGUGCUAGCGCUCGGGCUGGCCGCCGUCUUGGCUGGCUUGAUGCUUCUCUACUAGUCAUCAACGACAACCUCCAUAGGAACUUUCUGUAAAAAAUAAUAUUAUCUUUCUCCUUUUUUUUCCGUGAUGACUUUCUCCUCUCUCAAGCGUGGUUGAUCGUGCGCACAUGAUUCUUUGUAUAGUCAAAUGAGUCGUUUUUUUUAUUAU